AUGAAUACUCUGUUCAGCUUUGUCGUUCAAUCGUCCCAGAACAAGGAGUUUCAAUCUGCCGCUAGUGGCGACGAUGAAAAGGAUUACGAGCAAGAAAGGCUGUUCUUCUUCUACAAGACAGAUGUGGAGGGGACUGGCACCCUCUUCACCCCAGAAAGGCUGGUUACCAUCUGCGAGGUAGAGAAGACCAUGAUGGCCAACAACUCGCUGGUGAAGGCUGUAGCAACCGCGGAUUCGGUGCUGGGCCUCUUCUACGGCACGGCGGCGGAUCCGAUGCUGCAAUCUGUGCCAGCAGCACGCAGCAUCACUGGCUACGAUUGGAGCUGCCAGAUGCUCACCCAGACCCAAGUCGACAGCGUCGUCGACGUCAUGCACACGGACCUCACCGACAAGGGCCCGCAAUCGCUGUAUGCACGGUUUGUAGACCCAAACUUCCCGCAGACCAAGCAGACGGCCUACUCGCGAACAUUCGCCGAGUUCCAGGUGGUUCCGAAGCAGGACGAGAAGGUGAUGAACCCAGCCUUCGAGAAGCUGGGCCUGGCUUACGGCUUCCUUCGCUCCGCUUUCCAGGGGGAUGAAGACCGCUUCGUCCAAUCAGGUGACAUUCGAGUUCGUGUGACUUACACCGGGAUCAACGAGAUUCAGAAAAUGGCCCUUCCAGACUUUGGACUUUCCUUCAUUUCAGUGGUCCUUGUCUUCGGCGUGUCGCUGGAAGCUCAGACGUACUUAACUGGACAACCCGGUCUGCGGGAGAGAGGGGGCACUGUGAAUGCUCGUAAUGUGGAAGGUGUCUUCCGCAUUGAGUAUUUCGAGUUCCUGCAUAUCCUCGUGGUGUAUUUGGUCUUGGGCAUCGGGGCGGAUGAUGUGUACGUCUUCAAGGACACCUUCUGCCAUGUCAAGAAGGCCGAGUUCCCCUUCGCUAAGCCCGGACGGCUGACGGAGGAGCAGGAGAUUCGGGUGCUGUCCUUGACUUUCCAGCGCGCUGGCACUGCCAUCUUCAACACUUCCUUUACCACAGCCUUGGCUUUUGCCUCCUGCUCUGUGUCCAAAGCCAUGCCGAUGCGGACCUGUGGUUGGUACGCACCUUCACAGAAGUUGGACUUCGGGAUGUGCGAGGUGCUAACGCUGAUCUACUUCCCAUCCGUCGUCAUCCUCUGGCAUCGACGCCUGCAAUCGAAGCGCUGCUGCUGCCCUGGGCUUUCGGAGCGUCCGACUGCCAUCGUCCCAGAGGGAGCCAGCAAAGAGAAGUUCGACAAGAAGGAGGAGUCCGCGGGCGUCGUGGAGAACUUCUUUGAAAAGCUCUACAUUCCUGUUAUGUCGAAGCAAGUGGGCGGAGUUCGCGUCUACGCUUUGCUGCUGGGUGUACUCCUCCUCGGCGUGGCUAUUCAAGGCAUCGCCUUCGCCCUACAGUUGACUCCUCCACGAACCGAAGAGGUCUGGUUUCCAGGAAACCACAUGCUCCUGAGCAUCCAGGACUUCAUGGCAGACAACUUCUACACCCCAUCCUCAGACAACUACGUCAUUACAAUCUUCCUGGGCAUUGCAGGCCUGGACAAGACCGGCAUCCAGGUCUAUGAUCCAGGAGCCUUCACUGGCACUGCCAUCUACGACAGUGGGUUCGACUUGAGCACUCCUGAGGCCCAAUCAGCGCUGCUCAGCAUCUGCGACAAAGUGCACAACAUCACCUGUGACCUGCAGGGGUGCGACAACGCGGGCUAUGACCAGAAGACUUUCCUCAUGCAAACCUCGGAGAGGACGGACGCCUGCUUCCUGAAAGACUUUCAGACCUGGCUCAACGGACCUUUGCCUACCGGUGCGAACUUCACAACUCAGCUCCAGAACUUCCGCAACGCAGCCAACGUCGGCGACUACUACGGAGACAUUAUGAGAAAAGAGGUGAACUACAAGCAGGACAUCGGUUUCAUCAAUGGUGAGCUGAAGUACGUCGCCAUCAAGUUCCGAAGCGUGAUGAAGAAGCGGCUCCCUUUCUCCAUAGGAACAGAAGUGCGGGACAUGCUUCGUCAGUGGCUGGGUCAGCAAAGAGGGCUGUUGCCUUCCAGCCUCCAGAGCAUCAAGUUCCACGGCAACGGGGAGUUUCAGAGGUACGACAUGGGAGAGGAGCUCAUCAACGGGCUUUUCUCUGGCAUCGCAAUUGCCAUGCCGGUCUCAUUUGUGGUACUUCUCAGCUCGACGCGGAACAUGGUUGUCGCCAUCUACGCCGUGCUCACCGUUGCCUCCAUUGUUCUUUGCGUGCUCGGUUUCUGCAAGAGCGCCAUGGACUGGGACUUGGGCGUAGGUGAAGCAAUCGCCGGCGUCAUUGUCAUCGGAUACUCCGUGGACUACGUCGUACACCUGGCACACAUGUACUGCGAAGCAAAGCACUUUGGCCAUGAGACUCGCGAUGAGCGAGCCAAGUUUGCCAUCCGCAACAUGGGCUCGACAAUCUUCGCAGGUGCGUUGACCACUAUGCUGGCUGGCGCGACGAUGUUCAUGUGCUUCUUCUACUUCUUCAUCAAGAUGGCUUUGCUGAUCUGCGUCACUAUCAUGUACUCCUUCCUCUACUCCUUGAUCUUCUUCAUGGCAGUCCUGUGGCUCGCAGGACCUGAGUACAACUUUGGCUACCUUCGCUUGCCCAAGUGCAUGGGCGACAAGUCAAAGCCGGACGCUUCGAUUGCCAACAGCGACCUCCAGGCCGCAGCGCCGACUUCCGGGCCUUCGCUUAGGGUCUUCAAUGGUCUUCACUUAUUGGCGCAGGACCUUGAUGAAGGGCCUCGGACCAUUCAAGUGCCCUGA